AUGGCCACCACACUUUAUUCUCGUAAAGAACACGAAAGCCCAAAUGCUAAGUAUCCAGAAUAUUUACCAACAUGGGAUACUAAAGAGUGGUAUGAGCCAUUAGAGUUCUAUGAACAUCAAGAUCCUGGGAAAAGGGCCGAUCCAAAUUACCCUAAUUUAUUCCCAGAAGGUGCUAAAUUCACCAGGAAAAAUAUUACUCCUAAUUUAGGGGUUGAAAUUGAUGGAGUUCAGCUUUCCCAGUUAAGUGAUGCUGGGAAAGAUGAAUUAUCAUUAUUAGUUGCUAAACAGGGGUUAGCUGUAUUUAGAAAUCAAGAUUGGGCUGUCCAUGGUCCAAAAUAUAUAACUGAAUACGGAAGAUACUUCGGACCUUUACAUAUUCAUCCUGUAAGUGGAUCACCUAAAGGAGUACCUGAAAUUCAUGUUGUGUAUCGUCGAAGUUCUAGUAAUUCUCCUGUUUUCAAUAAUCGUAACUCGUAUAUAUCUUUCCACCUGGAUGUGAGUUAUGAACUUCAACCUCCUGGUACUACUUUUUUCGCCAUGUUGGAAGGUCCAGAAAGCGGUAACGAUACUCUUUUUGCUGAUAUGGUGGAAGCUUAUAAUAGGUUAUCUCCAGCUUUUAAAGAAAGAUUAGAAGGUUUGAAGGUUCUUCAUACUUCAAGAGAUCAAGCAAUUUCUGCUAAAAAUAGAGGGGGUAUUCAAAAACGUGAUCCAGUUAGUAAUAUCCAUCCACUAGUCAGAGUUAUCCCAUCUACUGGGGAAAAAGCUCUUUAUGUUAAUCCUCAAUUUAGUGAACGAAUCAUCGGGUUGAAAGAAGAAGAAUCUAAUUAUUUACUCGAAUUUUUAUUUCAACAUUUUGCUAGUGCUCAUGAUUUACAAGCAAGAGCUUCUUAUGAACCUGGGACUGUUGUAGUUUGGGAUAACAGACGAGUUACGCACUCUGCUAUUAUUGAUACUUCUGAAUUUCGUCACUGUGUGAGAGUAACUCCUACAUUCGAGCGGGUUAUCGAUGAUUUGAAAGAUUUGAAUAAACCGGAUGUAAAUGGGUUCUUUCCCAAGGAACAACUUUAA